UUGAAUAGUUAGACGCUCUCUGAUACGCUCUGAUUGAACUCAUUCAGACAUCACAAGAAAGUUAAGUUUGAACUUUAUUACUACAAAAAGCUUUUGUUUUGAAAUGACCGAAUUAUAGUUUUGAAGCCAAAUAGAUUAGAACCAUCCGCACUUACUGAUUUAAUCAUAUUUGAGUAAAGUGUUUUUUGUUUUUGUUUUAAUUAACAAAAGCUGAGUAUUGCAUCACUAAAAUCGUUUGCUUCAUAUAGCCAAAACAAAAACUCAUUACAACUAAACAAUGCAAAAAUACGUGCGUUAAAAUACAACGCAACAUUUGCAAUGAAAUGUUUACGUCCCCUGAAAACGUUGGACGAUCACCUGCUGUCUAUAAAUGAUCUAACGGUCACUGUCGUUUUGGAAACACCAUCGUUCAGUCGAGAUGUCACCACGGGUUUUGGGAACAACGAAAUGGCUCUGGUGUUUUUUCGUGCUCCAAGGUUCCUGGGUCCCGGCGAGGGCCGUCACAGUUCGGACUCCACCCAGCAAUCCGGCCACCGUCGAAGCACAGGCUAAGUUCUUUCAGGAUUUUUUCUCAGUACAGUUGAGUCCAUACAAGAUAGAGUUCGGUCACGUGUGUGAGGACCCCAACACGUGGGAGCAACGUUACGAGAAGAAAGACUUUAAGAACCACAGGGACAUGGGCAAAGUGCGAUGGGGGGAUAAAAAAGGGGGCUACGGUGAGCAUUAUUGGGAUUUGAACCACGCAGGUCACUCCGGCAAUAACGAUAAUGAUGGUUACGAGAAUCAUUCCGAUGACAGUCCCUAUGGCGAUAAUGAGCAUCAUGACUCUUAUGAUGAGCCCAGUGAGCAGAGCCCGAUUUAUGAAAAGGACGAGUAUGACCCGGAGAAGGUGAGCUACGAUGAAAGCGGCCGAUCGAAGCGUGCCCAUCCGCGGGCGAAAGUCGAACGCAGAGAGCUUACCGCGUUGCCGGAGAAAAACAAAGAAAUCUCGCAAGAGGCCGCGGAGCAACACGACACGCCUCAACGAACAGAUGUAGAGCAAAAGAAACCCCGACGUCAUCAACAGCAGAGGAGGGAUAACGAUUCGAAGGAAACCAGAAAUCAAGUUGUUCUGGUCGUGAGUCAUAAAGAUGAGGAAGAUGUAAAUGAAAAGCCUAAAAGACAGCCUGAAUUUAAGGCUCAUUUUGUUCCUUACGAAGGCGGUGCUGGGGUGAGGCAGCAUCAACCACCUGAAGCCACGGCGGCUGCUUCGGUGCCAAGACUUUUCCUUGAACCCUCGACGGGACAUGUCGUUGAUAGGGCCACAGGACAAGCGUAUGUCUUACAGCCAGUUGCAAAUUAAUAGUACAAGUAAUAUUUAAGUGAACGUGUGUAAUGUUUUUAGUUUCUAGUUAUUUAUUUCAAUAAAGUUUUUAUUACGGUUCUA